AUCGCCGUCCCGCUCGCGCCGCCUAAAAACCGUGGCGCACCAUGAUACUCAGGCCCACAUAUAAAUGCGACUCCAUCGGGCUAACAUGGCUGCUGGGAACCGAAAACUUAGGAAAAUCGUGCGUUCGGAGUGUGUUUGCAUCAGCGUGAAGCCCAGUGUUAAGUUAAAACAUUGACUGCCCACGCCCACAACGACAAUUGUAGAAUUACCGUAAUUCGCCACGCUGAAAGCGGAGUCCCCCCGUCCGUGUGUGUGCGACCGCCGCGUGUGCCAGUGUGUGCGUGAGAAAAAUCAAUGGUGCGUGAGUGCGAGUGAGUGGGAAGAGGCGAUUGGAUUUGGCUUUGGAUAUUGGAUUGAUUUGUGACGCUGCUGUAGAAAAGCCACCCCCCGCGGCCAACACACACACACGCAUACGCACGGCCUUAGUAACGCAGCAUCGAUUGUACAGUUUUAGAGCAAACAAUUCAAUUAGAAAAUGCAGAGCGCAUGAGUUGAAUUGUGAGUGGGCGCCCCACAAAAGCUGACUGCUGCCGCAUCGCAAAGGGAGCGAAGAGAGAGAGAGAGAGCAACGCAUUGCCAAAGAUUAGUAACUUAGAGUAGAUCGAUUUAUUAGAUCGACGGAUCACAAAGAGUAUCACAAAUUACCAUUGUAUAAUGACAUCUAGACUUGAUCGACUGUUCAUCCUACUCGAGACCGGAUCCACAGCGGCCACUCGCCAGGCGGCCGCCAAGCAGAUCGGCGAGGUCCAGAAGCUUUAUCCACACGAGCUGCAUGCGCUGCUCAACCGUCUGGUGGGCUACCUGCACAGUUCGUCCUGGGAGACGCGGAUAGCGGCGGCCCAAACCGUUGAGGCCAUCCUAAAGCAGGUGCCUCCUUGGCAGCCGGAACUCCAGGCGGUGGUGACCAAGAAGGAGCGCUCCAGCAGUGAUGCUACCAACACAGCUGCAGCUGCUGCCGAAGAGGACAGCUGCCAGUCGAGUGGUUCCAACUCGACAACCGCCAGCGAGCGACUACUUAGCUUCGAUGAGUUCGAUCUGCAGCAGAUCCUGCACAAGGGCGCCCGUCUCAUCGGCUCCGAGGGCAACGAGUUCGAUGUGCAGGAGGAGCAGCCGGCCAGUGGCGGCGGCGAGGAGGAGCGCAGUCUCGCCAGUCGCCUGAGUCGCCAGCGGGCAGUGCUCAAUGACAAACUGGGUCUGACCACCGCCGCCAAGCUGGGCGUAAAUCUUACCGACAUGAUCACCGACGAGGACGUGGCGCUCGCCAGGAGCGGCAGCACCUACAACGUGAACGCCGAGAAGCUGCCCGUGGAGCAUAUACUCAACAUAAAGCCAGCGGCAAACGGUUCUGGGCAGGCUCCGCUAAGCUGCCGCGAGAUGAACCGGGCCAAGCGCAAGGCACGCCAGAACACAGGAGCCUCUGCCACCGUGGUGACGCCCACUUGCAGCCGAAGGAACUCCAAUAGCAAUCACAGUACGGGCAGCAACCACAGCAACAAUGGGAACUCUUCAUUGGAGGAGCCGGAAAAGAAGAAGCUGAAGGCAACGGAGCGACAGGAAAUAUUCUACAGUUUAAAUGCCGCUGUGCCGGAUGCCACGGGCACUUGGGUGGAUGCCGUCUCCUGGCCACUGGAGAACUUCUGCUCGCGCCUCUUCAUUGAUCUCUUUCACGCCAAAUGGGAGGUGCGCCAUGGAGCGGCCACAGCACUGAGGGAGCUGAUCAACCAGCAUGCCCAAGGAGCGGGCAAAGCAGCGCAACAGAGUCGCGAACAGAUGGACGAAGCACAUAGCCGGUGGCUAGAGGAUGCCGCACUGCGUCUGCUCUGCGUGCUUUGCCUCGACCGCUUCGGGGACUUUGUCUCCGAUCAGGUGGUGGCUCCAGUGCGCGAGACCUGCGCCCAAGUGCUGGGCACCCUGGUGAAGGAGAUCCAGGCGUCCAAGGUUCAACGGAUCGUGGACAUUCUUCUGCAGCUGAUUCAGCACAAGAACGAGUGGGAAGUGCGGCACGGAGGACUGCUCGGCCUGAAGUAUGUGUUUGUGGUGCGCGAGGAGCUGCUGCCCAUCUACCUGCCGCAGUCAAUCUCGAGUAUUCUCACCGGUCUGCUGGACUCUGUGGAUGAUGUAGGAGCAGUGGCUGCAGCUACUCUGAUUCCGGUUUCCUCCUGUCUUCCGAAGCUACUGAAGCCGGCGCAAGUUUCCUCCAUCGUUAAGAUGCUGUGGGAUUUGCUUUUGGAUCAGGAUGAACUCACAUCCGCUUGCAAUAGUUUCAUGGGACUGCUGGCGGCCAUUUUAUGCCUGCCCAAGGCAGCCAGCUGGGUGGAGAUGGAGCCCAUGGCCAUUCUGGUGCCGCGACUGUGGCCCUUCCUUUCCCACAGCACCAGUUCGGUGCGCAGAUCCACGCUGAAGACCCUGAUCACACUGACUAGCGGGGAUAAGGUGAAGAAGGAGCCUGAAGAUGAGGAGCACAAGAUGAAACUAAACUUUGGAGUCAGCGACUGGAAGUGGCAAUUGCUGCAGCAGGCUUUGCGUCACAUAUAUCAGCGCAUCCUGGUCGAGCCGCAGGCGGAUAUCCAGGCUCUGGCCCGUCAGGUGUGGUCCAAUCUCAUUGAGCAUGCGGAUUUGGGUGCUUUGCUGCACGCCGCCUGUCCCUACGUCUCCUCUUGGAUCUGCCUUUCCAUGCAGCCGCCCAGACUCGCUUUUGAUGCCGCAGUGCUGAUCCGAGCUGGUGGAGAUUCAAACACGCAAGGGAGCACCUCAAGAAAACGACCUCCUCGCAUAGGAGAUGAUCUGGGAGGAGCCAUUCUGGCGCACUCGAAUGCCUCGCUGAAGUUAUUUUUGGGUGGCAGCGAGGCGACGCCUUUGGAGCUGCGGGAAGCCAACUUUAUGCGCGCUAGGAUCUCCUCAUCGCGCGCACUGGGCGCCCUCUCGCAUUACCUGGUGCAACCAGCCCCUGGAGUAGUGUACACCCCGCAAACGGAGAGCCCCACGGAUUGUUACACCAAGGUGCUGCUGGGUCAUCUUAAUGCCCAUUCCGCCGUGCAGCGCAUCGUCUGCGGACUGAUCAUUGCCUUCUGGGCUCUGGAAGACGAACCAGUGCGUCCGGGACCGCCGAAUCUGCAGGAAAAGUUGCACCAGUGCGUCAGCGAGUACGUCUACUACGAUGAGGUGGCCAUCUCACUGACGCGACUGCUGCAGGAGGCCCAAGACUUUAUAGCCACGCUGAAGCAGAACAAAAUCCCAAUCAACGAUUUUAACAAUGCCAAGAUUCUCACCCUGGAGCAAAUCGAGGCGGUGGCCACAACGUUGAGCGAAAAUCUGCGUGUUUAUCCGCUCAAGCCGAAGCUGUUGGACAUGCUGGAGGAGCGGAGGCGAGCCUGCAGGCCUCCUACCUGCAGACGACCAGUGAGCAGAGCGCCUACCAUGUCAGUGCCCAGGCAGCCCUCGCCGGCGCCAUGCGCCCUGCACUGCCUGCCCGAGAAGCUGAAUCCGGUGGUGAAGCCGCUGAUGGAGUCCAUCAAGCGGGAGCAGUGCCUCCAGCUGCAGCAGCUAUCCGCCGAGUUCCUGGUCCACCUGAUGGACCAGGUCUGUGAUAGAAACCCUAGUCCAAAUAGCAAGAUACUGAAAAAUCUGUGCACGCUGCUGCGGAGCGAUGCCGAGUACACGCCCAAACUGGUAAUGCCACUCCAGACCCUCAAGCAGACGCCACCUGCAGCUGGGGUCACAAACAGUUGUGUUUACUACGGCAUUCUCACGCUGGCACUUCAACAGGCAGUCACAGUCACCAACAGCCGAUCCGCGGGAGGAGGAGGAGUCACAACUCCCACUACUACCACCGCUAGUCGUGGCCCUGGACGGCCGCCCGCUGGCGAGAUCUUGGCAGCCGCAACCGCAGUCGCCACCCACGUAGAGAUAAAAGCACAGCAAGCGAAGGAGGCGGAAGCGAAGCAGUGCCGCAUUCAGCGGCUGGGAGCGGCCUGUGCCAUAGAGAAGCUGUGCCGGACUUUCGGAGAGCACAUUGUGGACAAGGUGGCUGUUUUUCAACAGCUGAUGUUUGGCAAGGUGGAGCAGUUUGUAAAGCAGGCCUACGACUGGCGAUUGCCCAGCAUUCUGCCCGAUUUGACAAUGUGCAAUGAGCUAGUCAGCUCCCUGCAGCUAAUCGAGACAGCAGCCCCGCAUCUGCAUGCUGCACUGCAUCCCCAGAUGUUCGCCUUGCUGCCGCCACUUGGGUUUAUUGUCUGUCAUCCUCUGAAGGCGAUCCGACACAUGGCCGCCCGCUGCAUCGCAGUGCUGGCCGAGAUCGACGCCUGCCAGACCAUGCAGUUUGUGGUGCACGAUCUGCUGCCGCUGCUGGGAAAGAUUGAGCAGCUAAUCGAGCGUCAGGGCGCCGUGGAGGCCAUUGAACGGGUGGUCAGCCGACUGCAGAUCAAAGUGGUGCCCUACAUCGUGCUGCUGGUGGUGCCGCUGCUGGGAGCCAUGAGCGAUCCGGAUGAAUCUGUGCGACUACUGUCCACCCACUGCUUUGCCAAUCUCGUCCAGCUGAUGCCGCUGGACGGCGGAAAGGCGGAGCAACUGAAGAGCGAGCCACUGCAGGCGCGCAAGACGCGCGACCGUGAGUUCCUCGACUACCUGUUCAAUCCAAAGAGCAUUCCCGAUUACCAGGUUCCGGUGCCCAUAAGUGUGGAGCUGCGUUGCUACCAGCAGGCCGGCAUCAACUGGCUGUGGUUCCUCAACAAGUACAAUCUGCACGGCAUCCUGUGCGACGACAUGGGAUUGGGCAAGACGCUGCAGACCAUCUGCAUUCUGGCCGGCGAUCAUUUGCAUCGCCAGGAAGCCCACGCGGCCAAUCUGCCCAGCUUGGUCAUCUGCCCGCCCACGUUGACCGGUCAUUGGGUGUACGAGGUGGAGAAGUUCCUGGAUCAGGGAUCCGUUCUGCGCCCGCUGCACUACUAUGGAUUCCCCGUGGGCAGGGAGAAGCUGAGGAGUGAGAUCGGAACGAGCUGCAACCUGGUGGUGGCUUCCUACGACACUGUGCGCAAGGACAUUGACUUCUUCAGCGGCAUACACUUCAACUAUGUCGUCCUGGACGAGGGACACAUCAUCAAGAACGGCAAGACGAAGAGCUCGAAGGCCAUCAAACGACUGAAGGCCAACCACAGACUGAUCUUGUCCGGCACGCCCAUUCAGAACAAUGUACUGGAGCUGUGGUCCCUGUUCGACUUCCUCAUGCCGGGCUUCCUGGGCACCGAGAAGCAGUUUGUGCAACGCUUCUCGCGUCCCAUUCUGGCCUCACGGGACGCCAAGAGCUCGGCCAAGGAGCAGGAGGCCGGAGUGCUGGCCAUGGAGGCGCUGCACCGCCAAGUCCUGCCCUUCCUGCUGCGCCGCGUCAAGGAGGACGUACUGAAGGACCUGCCGCCCAAGAUCACCCAGGAUCUGCUCUGCGAACUGAGUCCGCUCCAGCUGCGCCUGUACGAAGACUUUAGCAAUAAGCAUCUGAAAGACUGUUUGGACAAGCUGGGCGACUCGUCGUCGGCGGCGGCGGCCAUCGUGACGGAGAAUCUCAGCGCCAAGACGCACAUUUUCCAGGCGCUGCGCUACCUGCAGAACGUGUGCAACCAUCCCAAGCUGGUGCUGCGCCAGUCCGAGGAGCUCAGCCAGGUGGCCAGCCAGUUGGCGCUCUCGAACAGCUCGUUGGACGACAUCGAGCACUCGGCCAAGCUGCCGGCUUUGAAGCAACUCCUCUUAGACUGCGGCAUUGGUGUGCAGACCGAGUCGGUGAGCCAGCAUCGGGCGCUGAUCUUCUGCCAGCUGAAGGCUAUGCUGGACAUUGUGGAGCACGACUUGCUGCGCCGGCAUCUGCCCAGCGUCACCUAUCUGCGGCUGGACGGCAGUGUGCCCGCCUCGCAGCGCCAGGACAUAGUCAACAACUUUAACAGCGAUCCCAGCAUCGAUGUUUUGCUCCUGACCACUCUGGUUGGUGGUCUGGGUCUCAAUCUUACCGGUGCCGAUACGGUCAUCUUUGUGGAGCACGACUGGAACCCCAUGAAGGAUCUGCAGGCCAUGGACCGAGCCCACCGAAUCGGUCAGAAGAAGGUGGUGAAUGUUUACCGGCUGAUCACGCGCAACUCGCUGGAGGAAAAGAUCAUGGGGCUGCAGAAGUUCAAGAUACUCACCGCCAACACGGUGGUGAGUGCGGAGAAUGCCUCGCUCCAGACGAUGGGCACCUCGCAGAUAUUUGACCUCUUCAACGGCGGCAAGGACCAGGGAGCAGUUUCUGGAUCAGCGGCGGCAGCAGCAGGAUCGGCCUCCGGCGGCAUGUCCAUGAACACCAUUAUCGAGAACCUGCCGGAACUCUGGUCCGAGCAUCAGUACGAGGAGGAAUACGAUCUGGGCAACUUUGUGCAGGCACUGAAAAAGUAGACUACUGCUUCCCACUCCAAGACUUCCAGUUUUAGGCUAAAAUGAAAAUUUAAAUUGCCCUCUGUUCCUUUAUAUUCGCAAAAGUAGAAUUGUAAAAACUAAUAAAAAACGUUGGAAAUUACU